GUCCCAAACCGUUCCUUCUCUUCUUUUAACACUUGUUCUUUUAAAGGCAAAGGCUCGAGCGACAGAGAUACAGAGAUCUGAGUUUCUCUCCUUCGAGAUCUGAUCGCCGAAUCUCAUAAUCUCUCUUCGACGCCGCGAAAUGGAGACUUUCCUAUUCACAUCCGAGUCUGUGAACGAGGGACACCCAGACAAGCUCUGUGACCAGAUCUCUGAUGCAGUCCUCGAUGCCUGCCUUGAACAAGACCCUGACAGCAAAGUUGCUUGUGAGACUUGCACCAAGACCAACAUGGUCAUGGUCUUUGGUGAGAUCACCACCAAGGCUACUGUUGACUACGAGAAGAUUGUCCAGCCCAGACAUUGCUCAAGGAGUUCACGGUCACUUCACAAAUGUCCUGAAGAUAUUGGAGCUGGUGACCAAGGCCACAUGUUUGGUUACGCUACUGAUGAAACCCCUGAGUUAAUGCCCCUGAGCCAUGUUCUUGCCACCAAGCUCGGUUGCUCGCCUAACAGAAGUCAGAAAGAAUGGGUGCCAUGGUCCCAAUCCGUGUCCACACAGUCCUCAUCUCCACCCAACACGAUUGAAACUGUGACCAACGACGAAAUUGCCCGUGACCUUAAGGAGCAUGUCAUCAAGCCGGUCAUCCCAGAGAAGUACCUAGACGAGAAAACCAUCUUUCACUUGAACCCAUCAGGCCGAUUCGUCAUUGGUGGACCCCAUGGAGACGCUGGUCUCACAGGGCGUAAGAUCAUCAUCGACACUUACGGUGGAUGGGGAGCUCACGGAGGCGGUGCAUUCUCUGGCAAAGACCCAACCAAGGUCGACAGAAGCGGAGCCUACAUUGUGAGACAAGCAGCUAGAGCGUUGUGGCUAACGGGAUGGCUCGUAGGGCUCUUGUUCAGGUCUCAUACGCCAUUGGAGUCCCUGAGCCAUUAUCUGUCUUUGUGGACACUUACGAGACUGGAGAGGAGGAAACGGAGGUUCUUGAAAACUGCGGCAUACGGACACUUCGGAAGGGACGACCCUGACUUCACCUGGGAAGUCGUCAAGCCACUCAAGUGGGACAAACCUCAAGCUUAAAUUUUACCUACUCUGUUUCUAUCUUCCUUCCGCAAACCAAUUAUCUGCUCACGUUUUUAUUCUCUGUUUUUGUUUUUUAAUGUGGUUAUGUAUCAUGUACUUGAGCUAUUUCAAUUGGGUGUUUGUUUUAACUUUAUAGUAAGUUUCAUGUUGUUCUUAUAUUAAUUUUCCAUGAAAAAUUAAUAUAAACUAUUUGUCAUG